CAGGUGAGGCCGCACCGGUGCAGAGCAGAGCGGGACAAUCGCCUCCCUGCCCGGCUGGCCAUGCUGUGCUGGAUGCACCCAGGACACAGUUGGCCCUCUUGGCUGCCAGGGUGCACUGUUGGCUCAUGUUCAACUUCCCAUUGACCAGAACCCCCAGAUCCCUCCCCACGGAAGGAAGAGGAAGAUUUAAUCCCCUCUGAAGGCUGUGGCACACGCAAGGAUUCAAAGGAGGAGUGCGACCUGUACGCGUGGCACAGAUGCGCUGCCACACCGUCAGAACAGAGAACACGCCAAAGCCCGGCCUUACAGCGCUGGCCCUUCGCACAGGCCGUCCUGGAGCACAAAACCCCCGCGAUGCCGCCGCACCUCGUGUCCCCAUGUCCCCGAACCAGAGAGGCAGGAACUUCUGCCGGCCAGCCGCUCGGGAUGCGCUGAGGCGCCGUUCGCUCGGGGGCUGCUGAGCCGCAGCCCAGUGGGGGCCGCCCCCUGCUCCGGGGUCCAGCCAGUGCCACCCCCGCCGCGCACGGGCCUGGCCCCGUUGCCGGGGAUGCCGGGGGAGAUCCCGGGCCCCGCGGCCCCUCCGCACCGGAACGUUCGCCGCGCGGCCGCGCGUUCCGGGGGAAGGAGCCGCGCGGGGGACACCGGCGCCGCCAUCAUGGCGGCCUGAGGCGCGGCGGGGACGGCGCCGGGAGCCGCGGGGCGGGAGGCCCGGCGGAGAGGUUGAAAACCUAGAAUGGCAGGAGAACAGAAACCAUCCUGCAAUCUCCUAGAGCAGUUUAUUUUACUAGCCAAAGGUACAAGUGGCUCAGCUCUGACUGCUCUUAUAAAUCAAGUGCUGGAGGCUCCUGGGGUUUAUGUCUUCGGGGAGCUAUUGGAGUUAACAAAUGUGCAAGAGCUUGCUGAAGGAUCUAAUGCUGCUUAUUUCCAGUUGCUGAAACUGUUUGCGUAUGGAACGUACCCAGAUUAUGUAGCAAACAAAGAUAACCUGCCUGAAUUAACAGCGACUCAGAAAAACAAGCUGAAACACUUGACGAUUGUAAGCCUGGCUUCCAGAAUGAAGUGCAUUCCCUAUUCUGUGUUGCUGAAGGACCUGGAUAUGAGGAAUCUGAGGGAGUUGGAAGAUCUGAUUAUUGAAGCGGUUUAUACAGAUAUUAUCCAAGGGAAGCUGGAUCAACGAAACCAGGUGCUAGAAGUGGAUUUUUGUAUUGGCAGAGACAUUCAGAAGAAGGACAUCAGUAACAUUGUCAAAACACUCCAGGAAUGGUGCGAUGGUUGUGAAGCGGUUCUUUUAGGAAUUGAGCAGCAAGUACUUAGAGCCAACCAAUACAAAGAGAACCAUCAUCGAACUCAACAGCAGGUGGAGAUGGAGGUAACAAACAUAAAGAAAACGUUAAAAGCUACAGCCUCGUCGUCGGCACAGGAGAUGGAACAGCAACUGGUAGAGCGAGAGUGCCCUCCACACACAGAACAAAGGCAGCCCACAAAGAAGAUGUCCAAAGUCAAAGGGCUGGUCUCCAGCCGUCACUAGAACAUACCAUCUAAAUGUCAUUCAGCUACGAAUGACAACAGGAGGAACAAGAAAGGGCCUGCGUCUCCUUUUUCAGUGGGUUCUGGGCCGGUCCCUUCCAGGUUGGGAAAUAAAAGCCCUGUUUGAAUACAGCUCCCAGUUAGCAGCACCUGGCUAAGUUACGCUGUGCAGCCCCUUUUAACUUCCAGGGUGUCCCUGUUCUGGUCCUGUACAGAGGGACUUAUAAAGAGAGGGACUAACCAAAAGAGGCAGGAAAAAAAAAUCUGUGACUAGUUUUGCUCCCUCCCAGCCAGUCUCAUUGCUGCUUAACCUUGAGGAAGCUGCUGUACUGAAUCAGAUCUUGGGAGAGCUUCUAUAGCAAUUCUCUGAAUCCCAGGGUUGAAGUGUGGCUACCAAAGCCAGGCUGGGAGCGAGGAAGCCAUCAACACAGAUCUUUUCAUUCCCAAAGGGAGCACAGAAAGGUUUCUAGGCCAGGAACUGCUUUACAUGGAAGUCUUCAGCCUUUCCACUACCCCUGGCUCUUUUAAACUGGGGUGAAAUUCACACUACCUCGCUCUGUGAAGAUGAGAUCCAGUGCUGGGCUGUUUACUUAACUGUCUGUUUACUGCCCUUACCAAGCCCGUUAAUCUUGCACAGAUUUAAAGCACUGUUCUGCAUCUCUGAGGCACCAAUACAAUAAGGAGGGAGCAGGCUGCUCUUCCGAGCCUUCCUUCUUGCAGGUAGUUAGUGGCAUAUUAGAAACUGUGUUCCUUCUGAAUGUGAUGUGUCCUCCCAGAGCUGCUUGUGAGUUGUUUCCCCCACUGAUACCUUCAAACCUUCAAAGGGUAACGUGUUCGCUCUUCCUUGGAUGCUCACGACAGCCGUCGGCAUAGAAGAAGAGCCCGUUUAGCAUUGUGGCAGGCUGGGGGCCCAGGACCCACUGGCAGGGGUCGCAGCAGCAUCCCCUUGCUGAAGCAAUGGACUUGACUUAGUCUUUCUGAAUUUUGAACACUUUCAGGUUGUAUUUUCCUCCCCUCUCUUUUUUUUUGUACAUUGUUGUGAUUCUAAAGCAUUUCAGCCUUUGUUUUGUGUUGUUUUUUUUUUAAUUUGUUACAGUCUAACUUCAGGUGAUUUGCACCUGUUUUGGCAAGGCGUGGGUGUUUUUUUUAAGGGGGAGGAUGGGGUUGGCAUUGAAACAGCAAUUCACAAAAAAAGCACAUUUUAGAAAAAAAAAUUAAAAAUGCUGAUUUAA